AUGACCUACUAUCUCCUACAGGAUAACCUCCUGUGGGACAACCUCUUCCUGGACAACCUCCCAUGGUACGACAUUGAUCUCACUCAGGCAGAACUUAGGACACAGCAACAUCGGUGGCGGCAUGACCGGGGAACGGGAAGCCUGAACCCGGCGACAGCCCGGAGUCAGGCGCAGAGCGCACGAUCGGGAAACCCCAAAGAGGCAACGGAUGGAAGCGCGCUUCCGCGAACCCAGUGGCACAAGCCGUGUGUGGAUGACCACAAAGGCAUCAUCAUCGACGACACCUCGCUCGCGGAGCACGCAAUAACGAGCACUGAGACCCCCAUGUCUUACCAAGACAUCCAUUCCACGCCUCCGAGACCCUAG